CUGAGUUUGAAGCAAUGAGAGCAGAGAGCGUCCGUAACGUGUCUAAUAGUGAGCGCACGGAGUCGCGGCGCACCAGCUGGGUGGCUCGUCUUAACCCACUGAAGGCUCAAGCCAUUCCCCCGGCACCCAGCUACAGGCAACCUUCUAGGGAACCACCGGCCGGGUUCCUCAGCACGGUUCUGUUUUCAUGGCUCACACCUCUACUGAAGGUUGGUUACCACCGGCCGCUAGAGUUGAAUGACAUAUGGCUCGUCAAUCCGAGGAGACGUACGGCUGUUCUGGAGACGCGUUUCAGUACUUCGCUGCAAUCCUUUGUCGACCGACGCAGCAAGGCUCCUCUGCUUUUUGCCCUCUUCACCACGUUCAAGAGAGAUCUGGUCAUUGGCGCUUUCUGCCAGGCUCUCGGCACGAUCGCACUGGUUAUACUACCACUGGUACUGAAGUACCUCAUUGCCUUUGCCACAGAUGCCUUCAAUGCCAGCAAAGCUGGGUCACCGGGGCCGUCAUUGGGCUAUGGAAUAGGCCUAGUCAUCAUCCUGACUGUGGUACAAAUAGUCAUAUCGGUCGCGACCAAUCAUUCAGCAUAUUUAGGUAUGACCGUGGGCGGAGAAGCCCACGCCGUCUUGAUGUCCACAAUCUUUGAGAAGGCCUUGAAGCUCUCAGAGCGGGCCAAGGCUGGUGGGCUUGCCAUACCGCCGAAUUACAUUGCUCCUGGCAGCGAGGAAGAAAAGGAAAGGCACGAAAAGAGGAGUUCUUGGGACGAAAAGGACAAAACCAAGAACAAAUUGCCAACGGAGUCUGAGAUAAUUGACGGCUGGAGCAAUGGUAGAAUCAUCAACCUGAUGUCCACUGAUACCUCCCGCAUCGAUCAAGCAUCAGGCAUGCUCCACAUGCUUUGGGCGGCUCCAUUGAGCAUCGCCAUCACUCUAGCGCUUCUUCUAAUUAACCUUUCCUAUAGUGCUCUUCCAGGGCUAGGAGUACUGUUCAUAUUCUUGCCGGUACUUUCCUUGGUCAUUAAGGCCUUAUUCAAAAGACGUUCGGAUAUCAACAAGAUUACAGACCAGCGCGUUGGCUUGACCCAGGAGAUCCUCACAGUAAUUCGAUUCGUCAAGUAUUUCGGAUGGGAGAGCAGCUUCCAAAACAGAAUCGACGCGAUUCGAAAGCAAGAACUUCGAUCCAUUAGGAUUCUACUUGCUACCCGGGACGGAAUCAAUGCCAUCGCUCUUACCAUACCUGUACUCGCCUCGAUGUUUUCUUUUAUUACCUUUGCACUCACUAGUAACAUAUUUGAUCCCGCCCCAAUUUUCUCAUCUCUAGCCUUGUUCAACGGACUUCGAUUGCCACUCAAUAUGUUCCCCGUGGCACUUGGCCAGGUCACAGAUGCCUACGCAUCGGUGAAACGAAUUGAGAAAUUUCUUUUGGCCGAAGAGGCCACCGAUGACUCACAAUUUGACAAGAGUAUCAAUGAGGCAGUUGUGCUCAGAAACGCCACGUUCACGUGGGAGCAAGUGCAGUCGUCGGAUAAGAACUGUGAUGAUGGGCCAGCGGAGAUUUCAAGCAUUCCUGAGCCAUUUCAAAUCCAUGAUCUUACCCUCACUCUCGGCCGUGCCGAGUUGGUGGCCGUCAUUGGUGGUGUGGGCUCCGGUAAAUCCUCCUUCCUCGCCGCUCUUGCCGGAGAAAUGCGCAAGACGGCCGGAACUGUUACCUUCGGCGCGUCGCGGGCGUUCUGUGCCCAGGACGCGUGGAUCCAAAACGCAAGUAUGCAGGACAACAUUGUCUUCGGGAAUACAUUCAAUGCGACACGGUAUGCUCAGGUAACGGAAGCAUGCGCCCUGCUCCAAGAUUUCCAAAUGCUUCCUGAUGGCGACAGGACCGAGAUUGGCGAGCGAGGCAUCAAUAUCUCAGGUGGACAGAAGCAGCGCGUUAGCAUUGCCCGCGCUAUCUACUUUGACUCCGACAUUGUGUUGAUGGACGAUCCGCUGUCGUCUGUAGAUGCCCGGGUCGGUCAGGAGAUCAUGGAUCAGGCCAUUUGCGGACUGCUCGCAGACAAAUGUCGGAUCAUGGCAACUCACCAGCUCCACUUGCUUCCUCGGUGUGAUAGAAUCAUAUGGCUGGAAGACGGACGAAUAAGAUCUCAAGGUCCCUAUUCGGAACUGAUGGCUAAUAAUCCCGACUUUGCCGAGAUAAUGAAACUCACCGUUAUUGAUAAGCCGCAGGAUGGUGAUGAGGAAAUUGACACGGUGGACGAAAACGAUGCUGCUGAGCGAGUUAUGCCGACAUCAAACACAGGGGCGCUCAUGCAAGUGGAAGACCGGGCCGUCAGAGCAAUCUCGUGGGGUGUAUACAGAGCAUAUAUUGAAACCACUGGGUCUCUACUCGUCGCCCCACUGGUGAUAAUUCUUCUAGUUCUGUCUCAAGGAUCAAACCUUAUCACAGGCAUAUGGCUCUCCUGGUGGACGGCUAAGAAGUUCGCCCUAAGUAACAGGGCCUGGAUCGGAAUCUACGCGGGGCUUGGUGGAUCUCAAGCAUUUCUGAUGUUCAUCUUCGCCGUUUCUUUGACCAUAUUUGGUACCAAAGCCAGCGAAAUUAUGUUCAAACGCGCUAUGACGAGAGUUCUUCGAGCUCCAAUCUCCUUUUUCGACACGACGCCGCUAGGCCGAAUCACCAACCGCUUCUCCAAGGACAUCGAUGUCAUGGAUAAUGUCCUCAGUGACUCCAUAAGGCUGUACCUGAUGGCUGUUGGCUCGCUGCUAGGCACCGCAGCCUUGAUUGUGGCGUAUUUCUACUACUUCAUCGCCGCUGUCAUACCUCUCGUACUUAUCAUUUUGUUCUCUGGGAGCUACUACCGCAGUUCAGCUAGGGAGAUCAAGCGGCAUGAGGCCGUGCUUAGGUCGCACGUGUUCUCUAGGUUCAGCGAGGCAGUAUAUGGGGCAACGACAAUCCGAGCCUAUGGCAUUGAAAGCCGAUUCUCGGGAGUUUUGCGAGAUGCCAUUGACAGUUUUAACGGCGCGUACUUCCUCACCUUUGCAAAUCAGCGAUGGAUUAGUAUCCGACUCAACGCCAUUGGAGUAGUUCUGAUCUUUAUUCUCGGUAUUCUUGUGGUCACAUCACGUUUUCUUGUCGAUCCUGCAAUUAGCGGUCUCGCUCUGUCAUACAUGCACGGUAUCACGGCUUCGUUGCAGUUCUUGGUACGGCAAAUGGCGGAGGUGGAGAACGAUAUGAACAAUACGGAAAGAUUACAUUAUUAUGCGACGCAGAUUGAGCAAGAAGCUCCUUCAGAAAUCGGUAAUGUUGCAGAUAACUGGCCGGCCCGGGGCGAAAUCGUGUUCAACCGGGUGCAAAUGUGCUAUCGGAAAGGGCUCCCUCUCGUGCUAAGAAAUUUCAAUCUCCAUGUUCUGCCGGGUGAGAGAUUGGGAAUCAUUGGUCGAACCGGCGCCGGGAAAUCCAGUAUUAUCAACACACUCUUCCGACUCGUGGAACUCUCUGGCGGCUCUAUCACGAUUGACGGAAUAGAUAUCAGCACUAUAGGUCUGCGGCAACUUAGAUCUCGACUUACCAUUAUCCCCCAAGAUCCUACCCUGUUCAAAGGUACAGUCAGGUCGAAUCUUGACCCUUUCAGCGAGCACACAGAUGCGGAUUUAUGGUUGGCACUUCGACAAGCAGGUCUCGGCCACAGUCACGAAAGGUCUGUUGCAAUCGGUCUUGAUACAAUAGUCAGGGAAGAAGGGUUGAACCUCUCGCUGGGUCAACGUCAACUUCUGGCGCUUGCUCGAGCGCUCGUGUGUGAUGCUAAGAUCAUUAUUUGCGAUGAAGCGACGAGUUCGAUCGAUCUUGCGACGGACCAGAAGGUUCAGCGAACUUUGGAGUCAUUUCGAAGCAAAACACUCCUCUGCAUUGCCCACAGGCUAUGGACUGUCAUUGGUUAUGAUCGCAUCUGUGUUAUGGAUCAUGGUGAAGUUGCGGAAAUAGGUACACCUCUAGAAUUAUUUGAUCAAGGCGGUAUCUUUAGGAGUCUGUGUGGGAAGGCUGGGGUUACGAGGGCUGAAAUCGUAAAAAAGAAAGAACAGCAGAUACAUGAAUAG